CAUAAAGGUCAGUAUCACUUCCCCAGCCAAUUCGUUCUAUGUUGCACUUGGAUUUUAAUUAAUUAGAACAAAAUUGAAAUAAGCGUCAAUAUAAAAAUGUCGAACAAUAACACGGACACGGGCGAUACAACAAUAACAACGAGUACAUCCGUACAGGAUUACAACCCGAAUCCCAACGAUGGGGAGCCAUUGGAGCCCCGAGAAUCGCUGAUAACUACAGCUGUAAGCUUUCUACAAAAUACCAAAGUGCGACACACUACACUCAUCCAAAAGCAGCAAUUUUUGCGGUCCAAAGGUCUUACAGCUCAUGAAAUACAGUUAGCAUGUGAGAGAGCCGGUGUUUUUAGCCAAGAUCCGAACAAUCCAAACACUGUCAUAAAUAUCGGGUCACAGCUGGCGGUGUUGCCACAACAAACGGCCUUCGGCAGGCUGCGGGAAAUGCUACACACGACCGCACUGUUCAGUGGUCUCAUCUAUGGCAUCUUUUUGUUCUGGCGGAAAUACAUUGCACCGUUUCUGUUUGGAAAGCCUAAGAAGAAGCCAGUUGAGAAAGCCUUGGAGGACAUUGAUAAGAAGGUGGAAACCAGCAGUGAAUCCCUCAAUAAGGAGAUAACAUUGGUCAAGGACAUGAUUACGUUGCAGCAGAAGGAGCAGACGCAACAAAUUAAUCGUGAAUUCAGUAAUUUUCGCAGCGAUCUGGACGCGAUUAAGGGUUUGCUAUUAAAUCGCAAACAAUUUGCAUCGCCAGUGGCUUCCAUGACGUUGCCCACCAUCCCAACCUGGCAAUUGGCCAGCUCGCCGCAUCAUCAUCGCCAUAGCAACAAUAGUCAAUCCGAUGAUAAUGAGAAGGCUGAUGAUGCCGGAUCUGGCUCGGGAUCAUCUGAAACCGAAGUGGUCACCAAGAACAGUGAUUCUAGCUUAGAGAUCAUGUAAUAAGCAAUCUAAAGGCUUUAAUAUAUAGCUUAUAUAAACUGGCUAUAUAUUCAAAUUUAAUUUGUAUAUUGAAUUGAUAUAGAAUUGAUUUAGACGGUUUUGCGUUUGCGAUUUAGCAUUUAAGUUUAAUAGUCCAUGGCUAAUCCAUAUCCAUAAUCGCUACCAAAA